GUGCUGUGCGGAGGCGGCUAUGGCAGCCGUUAGGGCCUCUUCAGAAGUAUCGCUGCGAGAAGCCACUCAACGAAAAUUGCGGAGGUUUUCGGAAUUGAGAGGCAAACCAGUGGCAGCUGGAGAAUUCUGGGACAUAGUUGCAAUAACAGCAGCUGAUGAAAAACAGGAACUUGCUUAUAAGCAACAGCUGUCAGUAAAGCUGAAAAGAAAGGAGUUACCCCUUGGAGUUCAAUAUCACGUUUUUGUUGAUCCUGCUGGAGCCAAAAUUGGAAAUGGAGGAUCAACACUUUGUGCCCUGCGAUGUUUGGAAAAGCUAUAUGGAGAUAAAUGGACUUCUUUUACCGUCUUAUUAAUUCACUCUGGUGGCUACAGUCAACGCCUUCCAAAUGCAAGUGCUCUGGGGAAAAUUUUCACAGCUUUGCCUCUUGGUAACCCCAUUUAUCAGAUGUUAGAAUUAAAACUAGCCAUGUACAUUGAUUUUCCCUCACAUAUGAAUCCUGGGAUUCUGGUUACCUGCGCAGAUGAUAUUGAACUUUAUAGUAUUGGAGAAUCUGAGUUUAUAAGGUUUGAUAGACCUGGCUUUACUGCUUUAGCUCAUCCUUCCAGUUUGACUGUAGGUACCACACAUGGAGUAUUUGUCUUAGAUCCUUUUGAUUAUUUAGAACAUAGAGACCUUGAAUACAGGUCUUGCUAUCGUUUCCUCCAUAAACCCAGUAUAGAAAAGAUGUAUCAAUUUAAUGCUGUGUGUAGACUUGGGGAUUUUUGUCAACAGGACUUUGUUGGGGGUGACACUGCCUGUCUUAAAUUAGACUCUGACUUUGUCUACACCGACAGCCUAUUUUACAUGGAUCAUGCGUCAGCAAAGAAAUUACUUGCUUUUUAUGAAAAAAUAGGCACACUGAACUGUGAAAUAGAUGCCUAUGGUGACUUUCUGCAGGCCUUAGGACCUGGAGCAACUGUGGAGUACACCAGGAACACAUCAAAUGUUACUAAAGAAGAGUCAGAGUUGGUAGAUAUGAGGCAGAGAAUAUUUCAUCUUCUUAAAGGAACAUCACUAAAUGUUGUUGUUCUUAAUAACUCCAAAUUUUAUCACAUUGGGACAACUGAAGAAUAUUUGUUUCAUUUUGCUUCGGAUAGCAGUUUAAAAUCAGAGCUUGGCUUACAGUCCAUAAUUUUUAGCAUCUUUUCAGACACACCAGAAUGUUCUGGUAAAACAUCCUGUAUCCUUCAAAGUAUACUGGAUUCAAGGUGUUCUCUGGCACCUGGCUCAGUUGUGGAAUAUUCCAGAUUGGAAUCUGAUGUUACAGUUGGGGAAAACUGCAUUAUUAGCGGUUCUUAUAUCAUAACAAAAGCUGCCCUGCCUGCAUAUUCUUUUGUGUGUUCCUUAAGCUUGAAGAUGAAUGGAUGCCUAAAGUAUUCAACCAUGGCAUUUGGAGUGCAAGACGACUUGAAAAAAAAUGUUAAAGCAUUGUCAGAUGUGAAGUUACUUCAAUUCUUUGGAGUCUGUUUUCUGUCGUGCUUAGAUAUUUGGAAUCUUGAAGUUACAGAGGAACUGUUCUCUGGAAACAAGAAAUGUCUAAGUUUGUGGACUGCUCGCAUUUUCCCAGUUUGUUCUUCUUUGAGUGAUUCAGUUACCACAUCCCUAAAGAUGUUAAAUGCUAUUCAGAACAAGUCAGCGUUCAGCCUGAAUAGCUAUAAGCUGCUAUCCAUUGAAGAAAUGCUUAUCUACAAAGAUAUAGAAGACAUGAUAGCUUAUAGGGAGCAAAUUUUUCUAGAAAUUAGUUUAAAUAAAAAGCAAUUGGAUUUAGAGAUAUCUUAA